GUUCUAUCCUAGAUUUUUUAAAUUCGACAUAGAUUCUGCGUCUUGGAUAACAACAACUAUUCAAAACAAUCAUAAAACUUUGUGUUUAAUCUUGAAAUUCUGUAUAUAAUUGUAUGCGUUUUAUGCAACAUUUCGCUGAAUCGAAUUAUGCGAAGAAACGAUAACUUAUCAAUGGUUUUAUUGAUAAUCUUAGGGUUUCUGUGUUAUUGUUGUGAAAGAGGGCUUUCGGUUACAGUGACAUAUGAUCAUAGGGCACUGGUUAUUGAUGGGAAGAGGCGGGUUUUGCAAUCUGGAUCGAUCCAUUAUCCGCGAAGCACGCCUGAAGUGUGGCCAGAACUCAUCAGGAAAUCGAAGGAAGGAGGAUUGGACGUGAUUGAGACAUACGUUUUUUGGAACUAUCAUGAGCCUGUGAGAGGACAGUACUACUUCGAGGACAGGUUUGACCUGGUUCGAUUCGUGAAGACAGUGCAGGAAGCGGGCCUUUUUGUGCAUCUGAGGAUUGGGCCAUAUGUUUGUGCUGAAUGGAAUUACGGGGGAUUUCCUAUGUGGUUACACUUCAUUCCUGGCAUCCAGUUCAGGACAACAAAUGAUCCUUUUAAGGAAGAAAUGGAGCGUUUUCUAGCAAAAAUUGUUAAUCUAAUGAAGGAGGAGAAUCUAUUUGUAUCGCAAGGAGGGCCAAUCAUUCUUGCACAGGUUGAGAAUGAAUAUGGAGGUGUUCAAUGGGCCUAUGGAGUUGGUGGAGAGUUGUAUGUGAAAUGGGCUGCUGAAACUGCUGUCAGUCUAAAUACUGGUGUUCCGUGGGUAAUGUGUGUGCAGGAAGAUGCACCUGACCCAAUUAUAAAUACAUGCAAUGGGUUUUAUUGUGAUCAGUUCACUCCAAAUUCCCAUUCCAAGCCAAAGAUGUGGACUGAGAACUACAGUGGAUGGUUCCUUGCAUUUGGUUAUCCAAUUCCUUACCGACCAGUUGAGGACCUUGCCUUUGCUGUUGCACGUUUUUUUGAAACAGGUGGCACAUUUCAGAACUAUUAUAUGUAUUUUGGUGGCACCAACUUUGGACGAACUAUGGGUGGCCCAAUGGUUGCAACAAGCUAUGACUAUGAUGCUCCAAUAGAUGAGUAUGUCAAGAUUGGGGUGUUUGAUGGGCACAAAAGGGAGCCCUCUCAAUGGGUAUGUAGUUGUUUGCAAUCGGAUGGUGCAAUGGGUGGAGAUGGUGGUUAUAGUGGUACCAGUGAAGCUGUUGUGUGGAACUCUGAUGUGAGGCAAGGAGUGGCGGUUGGAGGUUUUAUAAGACAACCAAAGUGGGGCCACCUCCGAGACUUACACAUGGCAAUAAAGCAGUGUGAAGAAUAUUUGGUGAAUGCGGACCCAAUUCAACAAACACUUGGUGUGAAUCUAGAGGCACAUAUCUACUAUAAGACCUCCAAUGACUGUGCAGCCUUUCUUGCCAACUAUGGCAGCAGUUCAGAUGCAAAUGUGACAUUUAAUGGAAAUUCGUAUUUCCUUCCUGCUUGGUCUGUGAGCAUUCUUCCAGAUUGUAGCAAUGUCAUAUUUAACACAGCAAAGGGUGGGGCCAAUAGCUGCAUCAAGUUUAUCAUUGAUGCCAUAAUGUUCUACUAG